AUGACUUCCAGCGCGUUGCGCCUUCCUGGCAGCACCAAGGCAGCGUUCCUCCCCGCCCGCACAACAGCAGCUCGCCGAGUCGCAUUCACAGUUCGGGCCGAGCAGGGUCUUGGAGAGAAGAUCGAGGAGAAGACGAAGGAGUUCGUCGAGGCAACAAAGGAGAACUCCGGACUGGACCUCGGGAACCUGAACGAGCAGCCCGGGAACAGGUCGAAGCAGGCACUUGGAGAGAUCAAGACUCCGAAGGGGGACGUUUCAGAGGUCCUUUCCUUCUCUGGCCUGCUCCCAGAGUUGAUCAACUCUCGUGCAGCCAUGCUCGGCAUGCUCGCUGCCUUUGGAGCUGAGCUCUCCACCAGGGAUCCAGUCUUCAUCCAGAUCCAGAAGGCUCCAGUGCUGAUCCUGGGCACCUUUGCCACCAUCGUCAUUGCUUCCCUGGCACCCGUGCUGAGGAAUGCUGACUUGAACAUUGACGGAGCUGGUCCCUUCACACAGAAAGCAGAGGUUGUGAACGGCCGGAUUGCCAUGGUGGCAUUUGCGCUGCUGAUUGCUGUGGAGACAUGGAAGGCAGGCCCAGGCCUGGUGCCCUGA